UGGAGGGUCGGGGAGAGAGAAGGGCCGAGCUCCUGAGGCCGCGGGCCUGAGCUGGGUAAGCGGCGCCGCGGGGGCGGCCGAGCAGCAGCAGCACCCGAGGCGGGCAGGAGAUGGCAGCGCUCCCCCGGGGCUGAGGUGCGGCCUCUGGAAAGCGUUGGCCUGAGUUGUUACAGCAAAAUGCAUUCGGAAUGAUAACUUCUGUUUGCUGAGCUGAACUACAAAAAUCUCAUGCUUUGGAGAUGAAGAUGAUAAACACAAAGAAAUAAUCCAGCUUCUGCUGCUGUGAAUAUUAAAAGGUCCUUUGUGUCAAAAUGAGCAGUCUUUGAGAAGAAUCUGGAAAGCUGCUAAAUCUAAAAAAAAAAAAAAUAAUAAUAAUGGGAGAAAGGGUAAGGAGCCCGGAUUCUGAACAAGACAGAAGAUCAGAUGGGGAUAGAAAUAGUGACUCUUAUUAUUCGGAUGAAGAUAAUGCAUCUCAUUCAUCUGGCCAGUCACCUACUCUAAGCUAUCCAUCUACAAGCCAUGAAAAGCAGGAUCACAAAACAAGAGCUUCAGACAGUCUUGUGCACUACCAAGCCACAAAGAAGUUGGGUUCCAAAUAUGCACCAAGCAAGAGAGGGACACGGUGGGGUUUCCGUUCUCAGAGCCUCACUAGGGAUUCUCCUGCAAAAGAUAUAGAUCUUGUUACCAAAAGAGUUCUUUCUGCUAGGCUGCUGAAAAUCAAUGAGCUCCGAAAUGAACUGACCGAACUCCAUAUCAAACUAGAUGAGCUGCGGAAGGAAAACAGGGCACUGAAGAGGCUUCAGCACCGGCAGGAGAAAGCCUUGAAUAAGUUUGAAGAUACGGAAAACGAAAUCUCUCAGCUCAUCGCUCAACACAACAAUGAGAUUAGAAUAUUAAGGGAGCGCCUGCGAAAAUCUCAAGAGAGGGAACGUGCCACUGAGAGAAGGCUAAAAGAUUCCGAAGAUGAACUGUACCGCACAAAAACUGUCUUGCAGAAACUGAAAAAGCUGUCUGCAGAUAAACACCUUGCCGAAAGAGACGACCUGGCUAAGAAACUAGCCUAUGCAGAGAGCAGACUAGAGGAGAGUGAAAAAAGAAUUAAGGAUCUGGAGAAAAAUCUUGAAUUAAGUGGUAGCAGUUUUCAACGAGAGUUACAAUUGAAGAAAAAAAAGGUGCUUGAAGCUCAAGAAAAAAAUCAAGCUCUCCAAGAAGAGCUUCUUCAGCUAAAUCAGAAGCUGAAGGAAAAAGAAAGAGAACUUGAUGCAAAAAAUAUAUAUGCUAAUCGUAUGCUGAAGGUAUCGCCGAGAAAAGGCACGGAUGUUAUUCAAAGAAGGAAAGCCAACAACCAAAAUAUUACAAAAGGAGCGCAGCUCACAAAAGGAGUACAGACCAGUGGAUACUUCUCACCGGUAGAGUUUCCCUCAGAAUCAGAAUUUGUCUGUGAUGACGCAGUAGAUAAGAAAGAGAGGAUUCUUCCCAGAAUAGAAAAAGAGCCUCAAAACAAAGAGUGGAAAAAGCAAGCAGACUUCCCAAAACAAGAGCAAGACAGAGAAAGGGAAGAGAAACUGAAACGUGUCCAGGAACUGCAGGCUCUAGAGGAGAGGUUUCAAAAGCUACGUGAUGAGUGGGAAAAGGAAGAGUGUGACAAAAUGAAAAAAGAAAGCAGCUUUUUCUUGGAUAAAGAAGAUAAAACAAAGAUGGAAACAGAAACACACAAACCUGAAAUAGACACAGAAAGUACUGAAAUGCUGGAAGAACGUCGAAAAAGUGAAUUUCUCCUUGCCAGAAUGAAUGAAAUUGAUAGAGAAACUCAAAAUGUAAUGAACACGAAACUGGUUUCCCAAACACUGUUUGUAAAUACAUCAAGAAAAUCUGAUUCUGUAGAGAAAAAAGAAAAAAAUGAUCAAUUCUUUGAAAUUCCAGGAAAGGUUACAAAUGGAUUUCCCCAAGACGACAGCCAGGAGGAUGCCACGAGAGCACAAGGGCAGAAGCAGCGAAGUUUAAGGACCGUAGAUAUAAGUAGUGAGUUAACAUUUGGUAGUUAUGCACCUUCCUUUGGAAAAGUAUCAGGGAGACCAAGCUGGCUUAAUCAAAAAGGUGACUCUUUAGAUGAAAACGUGAAGGAAAAUGCAGAUUUCCACAGUAAGAAAGAAAAGAAGUCCAAUUUAAUGGAACAACUCUUCGGAAGCAGUGCCAAUACCAUCCUCCUUCCUAAAAGUAAGGAUAUGACAUCCUUUCCCAUAGAUUGGGAAUCUAGCAAUACCCUUCUUGAUAAAAACAGUAAAAUCAAAGUGAAAGAAGACAAUGAUCUUUUCAGUGAAGGAAGAAACCUAAACAGACACCGUCUGCAACACGCUGGAAGCAAGCCAGCUUUUAAAACCCUGGGUUCUUUAGAAGAUGAAAUUGAAGAAGUAGUCUUACAAUGAUCAUAUUUUAUAUUUUUCACACGUAAACCCUGAAUAAAUAUUUUCCCGUAAUAUUUAUUAGAUACUGAUUUGAAACAUUUCAGAUGUAAAGCCUUAUGAAGGAAUAAUUUACUUAAAUGCAUAUAUAUGUUUAGAGGAAAGAUGCCCUCUGAUAGAACAGCCUAACCUAUGUGCAGGAAAUUUACUUUAAAAAAUAAUAUCCAAAUACAGGCCUUGGAGAUUGGGCAGUGACUAUUUUGGCAGUAAGACAGUGAAGUUGUCCUGAGGGACUUGCUGAUAGGUGAGAUAGCUGCUGGCUUGCCACUUAAGACAGAGAAGAUUCUCUUACCCCUAUCUUGGCUUCAGAUUGAUGGUCCUUGUUGCCACAUGGCACCAUCUGACUUGUGCAGCUGUGGCUCAGGGUGCCAGAGGCUUGUCAGUGCAGCGCUGCUAGGGAUGCUCCAGGAAGGGAAGGUCUUACAAAGGCUUACACUCCUGCACACCCUUCACCUACGUGCACUCAUAGAUGCUUUGUGCUCUCUCGCUGUCUUGUGCUCACAGUCUUUCUCUUGCUAUCGCUCUCUUUUAAUUAUUGAGACUUAUGUGUCAUACUGCGAUAGAUCAGUGAAGUCAUACUUCUCACAAGGCAGCAUUAUUUAUGGCAGAGUUAGCUGGCUGAGAAGGCAACAAGCUUUUAAGUGGCAGCGCUGGCAUUCUGGGCAGCUAGUAGAUGUGCAUCUCUGGCUAGCCAGUGUAGGAAGUAUUUUGUUACCUGUAGGCUGCUCACAGUUCACUGCUUUUAGUUUGGUUUACUUCUUUCAAGCUUCAGUUUGCUUUCUCAGGCAUUCAUAGAGCCUGUAAACUCUAUCAGGAAAAGGCAUAUGUAACAUCAGUGUCAUGAAACUGAUAGAAGAGACUUGACUAGCACAAAGCCUCAGGUAGAAAGAGAAUGCUCUACGCUGCAAUCAUGUUAUCUCAGAACAACCUCAACAGAAAUACAACUAACUCAGGAGCAGCUGAUCUCUUUUCUGCAAAGGUUUUCUGGAGACCCUAAUACCAAACUUACCCAACUCUUCUCGUAUUUCCAGGUUUUUACUAUAUAUAAUCGUAUUUAUUAUAUAAUGCCAUUUUUGGUAAUUUUUGAAUUUUCUACAUAAAAUUCCAAUCAUUAGUAAGUUGUUUUUUAACAGAAUGCUUUUAUUAAAAGAGUUAAGUAAAAUUUGUAUGUGUAGACCAUCUUUAACAAAAAGUUUUGACUUUUUAUAUUGUGUUAUUGGUGGGGGGGGGAGGGUGAAAGGGGGUUUGGUUGUGACAUUGCUAGUCAUGCAACUCACUGCAUGGUGCAUGUACAUAAAUUAGAAUUGUAGGCAGUGAAGUAUAUAGCAGAGGCAUUCCAGAUAAUUACAUGAAGAUCAUCAUUCUUUACUAGAGUGGCAGAUUUUUAAAUGCUUCUCUGAUAUGCUCCCUAUGAGCCUGAUUUUAAAACAUACUAAAAUACAGAGGAGGAUUAACAUAAUUUCAAGAUGCUUUGAAUCAAGAUUUCUGCAGAAACAAUGGCUUUUCUGAAAAGCAAGGCCGCUGUCUGCAUCAUGCAGUAACUUUCUUUGCUCUUCCAUUCAGGAAGAAAAUUAGUCACAGAUCCAGACCGGGUGUGUGGGACCAUUUUCGCUAAUCAUGCUGGAGUGGUAGCAACCCAUGUUCACCUGCUCGCUUACAGUGCAAACCUUCUUAUGUUUAUUAUAACAUUACAGGGUUUAGCUCAUUUGUUUUACUUACUGUGUGUCAGAAUACAAGUUUAAUUCUGGCCAGAAGUAGUGAGUUUAAUUGUCUGUGUUAUUCUUCCUCAAUUACAUGUUUGGGGAUAUACAGUGUUCUGAGAGGCAAAAGUCUGCUUGUAAGCAUGUCAAGCAUAUGCGAGUGAGUGGUUAUUUAUCUUAUAACUUUCUUGUCCUAAUUGUGGAUGAGUACUGCCCUUCAAGACUAAGGAGCUGUGCUCGUGAAGAUGUUGCUGUGGCUGUUUGCUUUUGUUUCCUGUGGCUGAGGAUUACAGGACACAAAACAAUGAUGUAAUUGCUGUGGUUAUUAAGGAUCACAUAGUGUAUGGAGGGUUGAUUAGUUUGUUUCUUUCUUUGCACAGUGGCCCGUUAACAUCUGGCAAAUUCUAAUCAUCAUGCUGAACUGUUGCGCUCUGCUGUUUCAAUUAUAAAUGUAUAGUUUCUCAGUUGCUUCGUACUAUCAGCCUCUUCUUAAGCUCACAAGUGUCCACGUUCUGUUAACAGACGUUUCCUGAAGCAAACACUGUGCUGGCUUACACAAAAAGGUAUAUCCUCUAGGAAGGUGAAAAUAAAUUAAUCUGCUGGGAACAGUACCACAGGUAUAUUUUCAGUUUUCCCCUGAUUGCUUUCUGUCUCAACAGCUUAUUGUCUUUUCUUGCUAAGUUUGCGGUUUUAGAGUUAUUUGUGUGUUAAUGGCAUUCUAGUGAAAAAGUAUAAAUCAAGCACUUGGGGCUUGGAGGGAGCAGGAGGGUGGAGUUUCUGGAUCCUUCUCAACAUCUGCAAGCAGAAUUUCUGAUGUUGAGAAGUAACGGUUUUCUACUGUCUGGAAGCAGCUUCUGCAAGGCCUUAAAAGGAUCUCUAGACCUUAUGAUUGGGUUCGUUGGUGUACAUUUUCCUUUUUUACCCCUGAUCUUGACUUCUAUAUCCACACAGUCUGCAUGUUGCUUUAGCAGUGGUAGAGUGUUUGCAGAACAUUCCAUUUGGGGGGAUAAAAAGCAGGUUGUGAAUGUGAGCUGUUCUGAUGAUUUGUAAUGAUGACUUGAUGCUUAAGUACUGUUGUAGAUUCUGCUUGUUAGGUUUUCAGAUCAUAAGGCUGUCAAACGUGUUGUGCUGGAAAAAAUUCCUCCGUUCUACUACAAAAAGAUCAUUAAAGUUUGUUAAAUUUUUUUAUUGGAAUACACAGGGAGAUGGUUACUGCCCUGGGCAAUACGGUCUCCCACUGAGGAGCACCUGAUGAAUGUGAUCAGGUGUUAGGACACACCUGACAGAGGAAACAGGAAAUUUUAAGGGAGAAGAUUUUUUGAACUGGGGUGGGGGGGAAGGGUAGGGUAGAUUAUUUGUAAUGCAAGAGAAGAGAUGUAGAUUGUAGGAGGAGGACUUGGGAUGCCUUUCACAACUCUGAACUGAAUCCUGAAGAACACUACAGUGGUAAGAAUAGCGAGCCGGGAAGUGCUUGAAAGCGGUGUCUUUGUGCUAGUUAAGGAAUCAAAGAAAGUGAUUUUUUUUUUUUUUUUUUAGAACUCUGAUAAAUUCUGUUUUUCUAAUUUUUCUUUGCCUAUUGUAUACACGCCUAAAGAGGCUAAUUGCAAAUCUAUAAUGCUUCCAAAUGAGGAAAUUUGGAGAGGGUGUGCUUGGGCUACCUGGUAGCCUCAGGUUCAUUGCUGGUGCUGAGACAGAAGCUCUAAUUCUGCUAGCCCAGAGUCUAUUAGCUCUGUCAGGGGUAGUGGAAGAAUAUCUGAUCUGGCGUGUUAGGAGUAGGAAUCUGAUUAGGAAAAUGCCUUGAGGCAAAUGGCUACAAGAGCAUCAGCAGGAUUUUUGUGGAUAUUUACAGACUAGAGAGCGCUCAGGGUGAGCUUUUAGUAUUUAAGAAAAUAAUAAUAAGUUCUACAUAGUGCUCUAAAGCCAAGACUAGCAAGGAUCUACACUGCAGAAAUUAACAGCUUCAGGAGAAUCACUGUAGAAAGGGAGGUUUUGUUCCCAGAGGUACAUGACUUCAUGAAGUCUGAUCUCCUCUUGUCCUGAGAUGACAACUUUAAGCAUAAGAGAUGCCCUGGGUGACUUUGCUCAUUUGUAAAAUUUUCUUUUGCUGGAUCAUAUUUAAUGUGAUCUCCUGUUUCGAAUUCUGCUUUUGAUUAGCUGCAAAGUUUUGAUGUCAGCAGAAGCAGAACAAUUGGAUCAGUGUGAACCAUCAGCCAGGACCCCUGGCUGCUGGGAGUUGCUAGGAUACCUCUGACAGGCAUGGCUCACUUGGCCCAGCACCAGCCUAGUUUGCUUGAGAGGUAGGUUCAUGUCUUUGCGAUGGGUGUGUGUGUGUGUGUGUGUUUAGAGUGAGCUACAGGCUGACUGUUGUGAGUAUCUGUGUAUCUGCUUUUGAUAGUCAAAAACUCUGUGCUCUGCAGCAAAGAAUGCAGAGAGAGAAUAGAGUAGUGAUUCCAGUAACAUGUGAGCAUUGCUUCCAGAGGGGAACGUCAGCUGUAGAAAACCAAAGAUUGGUUUGACUUGGCCUGUAGGUGUGGUUUAACCUUGUAUCUGUGAAGACACAAGGGAAUUUUUCACCUCUCAUGUAUUAUUUCUUGACUCUAAGCAGCAGGUUGGACCAGAUGACCUGCAGAAAUCCCAGCCUGUGCCUUUCUAUGAUUCUGCCAUCCUUGCCAUGUCCCACUGAUAUUAAUGCUCCCUUCCCACAUAAAUCUUUGCACAAAGCUCUUCCAUGCUACUUAGUCAAAGUUGCCUCAGAUACCUCCUGUGUGUCCAUCUGUUCUUGAGUAUGGCAGCACUGUACUUAGGGCACAAAUGCUAACUCAACUCUUCCUUGCCACAGUAGCUGCAGCAGACAGGCAUAUCCGUCCUGUACCCUGUAAGGCUUUUCUCCACGUUCCUGUUUCCUGAAACGUCUUGUUCAAACCUUGUCAUAAAGACCUUUUCUGUCACUCGUAUGAACCUUUCCACUGCCCCAGAACCCUCGUUCUUCUUUCACUCUCAUAAACUCAUGCUGCUUUGGAUGUGACUUUCCUCCCUGUCGAUGGUCAUUCAUUCUAUCUGGUUUUGGCUGUUUCUUCACCUAAGCGCUACAGUUACCUUCUCCCUCAACUCCCUUCACUUCCUCUGUUCUCUGGGUUUCCUUCCUUGCCGUAUAGCUUCCUACCAGCCAUAUGCCUCUUCUCUCCUGUGGGUUGAAAUAAUGUUGGAAGGCCUCAUAGGAAGGGGAGGUGAUGGUUCAAAACUGGUUUUGUCUGUACUACCACAUACAAACACUAACAGGGAUGUACUCAAGCAGCCUUGUCCAGCAGCUGGGCACCAGGACACUUAUACCUCGUUGGCCUCUCAGGGGUCCUUGCAGCAGACCAGAGUGCAAGACGUGCCUGCUGGGAAGCCCUCGUAUCCCCUGGUCUCUGCUUGAGCUGUGGAGUGCAGUGGGGUUUGGAAGUGCCCCUUGAUGCUCUUCCUGUUCCACUUCUGAGAGUUGUUAGGAUUUUCUGUGUCCUUUCUCAUCUUCUUUGAGGUACCGAGAGCUCCAAGCUGGUCUUCAUCUUCCCACCAUUACCCCUUAAUGGCUUAAGUCUUUGUUUUAGCCUGGGCAUAGGCUGCCCCUUGUAUUCCCGAUAACCUGAAAACUGCAUAUUGCUGUGACAGGAUCUUGAUGAGCUUGUUGAUGUGGGAGCUGCUCUUACAGCCUUUCUGCUGGUCCAUCUGCUGUCCCCACAUCCCAGGCCUUCCCAUUCAUUUUCAGUUUAUAGCAGUCUUAAAUGUUUCCUUUACCGUUCACUGUGAUAUCAUGAGAGUUUGUAGGACUCAAGCUACGUGCUGCUGUGUUUUGCAAGGCUUUUAACAAGUUUUUGGCUUUGCUUAGUAAUUCUCAUGGCAAGGAUGGAUAACCCAGCUGCUGUAAUUAACUAGAGAUCAGUUAAUUACUAGUAGUGUAGUACUAGAAAUGGUGUUUGGACUGGCAAAGGGCACUAACUGAACUCCUGUACCUGAUCUUCCCCUAGCUACGAAGCUAAAUGUGGGUUUCAGUUCUUGUGAAACUAAACCUUAAACUGCCUGUGUAAAGCAAGCAUCUGGGCCCUGGGGCACAAUUCUUAUUUAACCAGCAAUCAUUUGUUUGUUUGCUUGGUACAUAUCUGCCUUUGUUUCAUAACCCAUCUUACAGAAUAACAGCAACAAUGCCUGGCUUUCACUGAAAGUUUGUCUCUGCAUGCUGUCUGAACCUAUUGGCCUCGUGGCACCCACGUGGAAACCCUGAGAAAAUGAGAGGCACGAAGCCCUUCUCUGCAUCACUGCUGGCAGAAGUUAGACUCAAAACGUCCGUGUUCUCAUUCAUUAUAUGGCACUGCUCUAUUCCCAUGUGCGUAUAGGCGUCCUCUAUCUGAAUCUCAAAUACUGGAAUGCAACAGGCAUUCAGCCAGUUUUCUGUCCUGGAAUGAGUUGCAGUGUGUAAUUUCUUCUAUCAAAGAAAUGCACAAAUAUAAGAUUAAAGGUUUUCUUAAGAGUA